AUGGCGAAUCAGCCACCCCCUCCAUUUGGUGGCUACCAGGCCCAGGCCCAACAGUGGCCAUUUUUGUUCCCUCCCAUGAUUCCCGCAAACUUCACACCAACCCCGGACAUGUCUUCAACAAUGCCCCAAGCGCUGCCAGACCCCUCUCAAGCUUUUCAAUUCGGCUUUCUUGGCCCUACCGGAAGCCACGGCCUGUCUGCUCCCGGCAACUUUAGCGAUUCCAGCAUGCCUCGACCCCCACAAUUUCCUUUCGGCAAUUCAGUUGAUAUUUCACAGUUCCAGCAGUCGACUUCUCAUUUGCCUUUCGCUGGUUAUGUAGCCCCUCAAGCGCAAGGACAUGCUGGCUUCAGCGCCGAAAUAUCGCGUUCCUCUCAGCAACGCUCAUCCGAUGCACGGAACCAUGAGAUGUCACGAGGUGAAGCUGCCGACAAUCAAGUACCUCAGAAUUCGUCGCGCGAGGAGGGUGAGAUUAGCGAAGGCGAGAUUGUGUGCGACGGAAAGGGAGAGGCUGUCGCGAAACCACAGUCGAGCACUCGAGUCGCGAAGCGCCAACGCGUCAGAAACGCGUCCAUAUCAGCUUCGCCUUCAUCAAGCUCGACUAGAAGCAGCUCACCGUACAACCCCCCACUCUCAGUCUCAGUAGACGCAGGAACGAUCAGUUCCAAUCCCACACGAACGCAGUCAAACGAGACGGGUAAAACAGCAAUUACAUCGUCAACCCCGAAUAUCGCACCAUCUCUUCGUGUUCAAGCACAGGGCGCUUUGCUCAGUCUCGCACCACACAAUAUUCGAUUCAACGAGUUGGUAGCGGAAGGAAUAAACCCGGUAAUCCUGAGGAAACUUUACGAGGAAGUUGGUAUCAGAGUCGAAUCUUCCCAGCCGUCGGCUCCAGUCGCUGUUAUCGCCGCAGGUGCAGCCGAAAAACACAACGCAACCGGUGUCAAAACUCAAGUCGAGAUCUUGCCACGGGGCGAUAGCACACCACGAACUAGCAAUGCCGAAUCCGAUACAAAGCAACCCAUGGAGAGAAAAGAAUUGAUUGCCAAGAUGCUCGCGGCCAAAGCUGCUGCAAGAAAUUCUCAACCCGCCGCAUCCAAAUCGUCACCUGAGCAGAGUCACGCAUCUGUGAAAUCGCAAAGCUCGCCUACCAAUGGUGACGGCAAGGCAGCAGAGAAGAUUGCUCCUAUCAAGGAGAAGAAUAAGGCUCAAACGGAGCUUGCGCGGCAGCGUAUUGAAGAGCUCAAGAAGCAGGCUCUGCUGAGGAGCCAACAAAAGGCCCGCCAAGAAGCUCAGGGUCAGCAAGACGGGCAAACAGUUCAAGGCAAUCCACCUCCGGCAGUUCACCAUCCCUUACCAGUUCGCCCACCGGCGCCUCGCAAGUCCGCCGCUUCUACGAUUCCGGGCCUUUCUCUAGCGAAGUCUACACCAGCUGGCGAUGUUAACAGCACUGAUGCACCCCCCUCUGGAAACUCCAUCAAUUUGACACCGUUUGACAGGCCGAAUCUGCGAAAGCGGCCAAGAGCGUCUGACUUUGACGAUUCGGGCGUGAAUGAAAAUCACAUUUCUCAUGCGACGCCUCCUCUUUCCUACAACAAUUCAGACAGACUAAUUAUCCAUAUUAGUGAUGAUGAAUCGUUGUAUGGGGAUGAUGAAGUCGACAAAAUGGAUAUGGGGUCGAACAUUGAGCUGGAACCAGCAAAUGAGGUUGUCAACACGUCUGUCAAUGGGUCCCAGUCGGCAUUCCAGCAAUCUGGUCCGGGAACUGGGGUCUCUACAACCCCUCAGCCCUCAACACUCGGUAGCGAUCCGGAACAGAUGAGGCAGAGAACAUUAGAGAUCCAGGCUUUGCAUCGGAAAAUUGCGGAGAUGGAAGAGAAACGCAAGGCCAAGCUCGCUGCGAGCAGAACUCAAUCUCCGCUUGUUGCGGUUGAUACGGCCGCUACGCCCGUGGUAUCCGGUGCUGCAUCAGCUGUCGAAGAAGCAAACCACUCUGACGCUGCCACAACCGAUCAAGGUUCGACGAAACUUGCGGGGGAAGAAGCUGUACAUGAGACACAAGAAGAAGAAGAAAUCCAGCCUGGCCAAUUUCCCUCGAAUGUGCCUACAACGAUUGAAGCCUCGGCCGACACAGUUCCCUCCACCAAGUCUUUAGAAACGUCGAACUUAGACGUGCCGGCGCCUAGUUUGGCCGAAGAAGGAGUUGCUCCGGGUCAGGCCCCAGUGUCUACCGGUUCAGACACGCCGGGGACGGAGGCUCAGGAUACAAGCUCAGAGGACUCCAGCUCUGACGAAACAAGCUCUGAGUCUGCUUCAGAUGUGUCGAUGUCUGAAGACUCUAGUUCCGACGAUUCCAGCGCAGAAAGUGAAUCUGCAGAGGAAGACAACGAAGUUGAUGUCCCAGAGACAAAUGGUGUGACGAGCCACCCGAAUGUGGCAAAUGAUGGCCACAUGCAAGUCGACAGCGUUUCCAAUGAAAUUUCGGAGGAGACAAGUUCUCCAGCUCUUGUCGACCUCAUGGAGGAAGCCAACGGUAUAGACGAAGCCGAAGAAGAUGACUAUGAGCCGACUGACAAUAACGGACAUGACCAUGAUAUGUCAGAUGCGGCCUCUUCUCCAGACUCAGAAGCUUAUGAGCCCCCCGAGCCUGACACGGGAAUGGAAUCUCCUCAUUCCUCCUACAGUCCUCCCCCUCCCGACAUCGAAGCAAUGUCUACGGAUGUUGACCUUUUACUCGACUCGUUUGAAAAAUAUGACCCACAAGAUGCGGCGCCUCGGGUGGUUAACCAGGAAGCACAGCCGGUGUACAGGGGUUCAGAAUCAGACAUCCUUGGUAUCAAUACGCCAUCGAAUCCUACGGUUUCCAAUUUUACAGCAUACGUCAGUCCCUUGCGAUACUUCAAGGCCUAUCGCUACCAUCCUCGCUACACCAAUGAGGUUUCGGACGGUUACCGUUCGCUAACUUACAGCAACGACAUAAAUCCGAUGAAAUACCUUUGCAAGUACGAAUUUGCGGGCGGCGUGUGCAAUGACCGUUCGUGUCAAUUCCAGCACUUUCGUGACAUGAGUCUAAGCGCUCAUUCGCUCUCUUCCUCCCCAUUUAUCCCUCCCAAUUUGACACAUUUUCGCGUCUCCGAUCUUCCGUCACUCUCGCGGCUAUUUCUUUUUGACCCCGUGCGCUUGCUGACCACAGUGCAAUUAACAUUGGUAGAUGAUAAUAUUCUCAUUGAAAUGGGAUCUGUCCGUGAAGGACGAACCAAAGAAGAGAAGGAAGCCUAUCUCGCUGGGUUGAAGGGCAUCAUCAACGACCUGCGGCGUGACAAGGUGAAAGACUUCAGCACCGUCGCCUCUGAGAUAGCCUCAUACCGUAGGCGCUUUCUCCAAGACGAAUCACGCGUCUUGCCACUGUAA